CAGGCAUGGCUUCAAGAAAUGCCUAUCGAGCUUUGCAGUGGAAUGCUGGCUCAGGAGGACUUCCAGUCAAUGAGACAACUUUUGCCAAGAUGCUACAACAGCAAGGCUAUGUCACAGGCCUUAUAGAAGUGGACACUGCAAGAAUUCACUCUCAGUUGUAUCAUGGAACAAGAUCAUCAAGUUCUCAUGCGCGAGUAUGGCGUUCUGCUGGAGGGAGUAGAGCUGGCGACGGACGAUUUUUGCAGGAUGGCAGCUUUCGGGUGACCUACUGAGCUGCUCUGAUCCCCCGGCGUGUUGGACCAUCUUCUGGCAACCGCAGGAGAGGUUUUCGGACCUCUCGGGUUUGCGGCCGGCGAGAGCGAGGGCCAUGGGGAGAGCGGCGGACAGAUAACGGCGGCCAUUUUCGGGGCGCAGAGGAGGCCUGCCGCUCGUCGUUGGUGUUUGGCUUCGGUUUCAGCCUCAGCCUGCCUUGUCCAUCGGCACUUUACAGCGCACGGUGAGACUUAGGCGGGCUGUGAGGCGUUCCAUCUUCCGAAGCUUUUUAUUUCCGUUGGCGUGAAGCGAGACGAGGCCGCGGCGAGAGGUGAGGCCCGAGAUGAGGCCUCGAGGCGUGGCCGUGGCUCAUCCUUCUCUGUUAAUGGCGCUUCUAUCUGGCGCUUGUCACCUACGUCCUAUUUUAAUGGGCUGCCCCCCCCACUUGACUUUUGGAGAUCGAAGGGGCGAAGGAUUAUUCCUCUGCUUAUAGCUGUCUGCCCUCCCCCUGAUUUUCGAACGCUGAAGGGGUGAAGGAUUAUCCCCAGCCUAUGGUCGCCUUCUCUGUUUGGUCUUUUUUCACCUUCAUGGUCCGUGCUGGCCCCUUGCCAUAUUGGGAUCUAUGGCCGUUUGGCGUCAUCAGCUGGCUGUGGACAGGCCUUAAGCCUGGAGAAGCCUGCGUUUCGGAGCAGUUGGCGGAGGGGGCGAUACAGCAGGCUUUGGAGGUGGAUUUAAUAUGGGGGGGUCGGUAAUGCCACCCGUUUUGCCAAUGGAUCGCUGGACUGGUUUAUGGACAGAUUGGCUGUAAUUCCUUAAUUUAUUCGAUCUGUUGCAAGGAUUCUAUCUAUGGAUCAUUACCAUGGACGCUAUCUGUCUAUUUCCUUUUGGGUUUAACAUCUUUGUCAUCAUGUUCCAGCCGUUAUUAUUUGUCAUCAUGUUCCAGCUAUUAUUCAUUUCAUCUGAUAACUGGACAUCCAUUGGAGGUUCCAUCAUGUAUGACUGUUCUGCCAACCUGGGACUUUAUCAUCCUAACGUCUUUCGCCGAUUCUUAUUUCUUCUAUGCAUUACUCUGCACGUGAACUCUUGCGCCUGCGAGGUGCCCCCGCCUCACAGGAAUGGCCCGCUUUGUUGCCAAGGGCCGGCCUCAAUGACGGGUUUUGGGACCCACAGAGGUGGCAUGCGUCAAAAAAGAGCCUUUGGGGGUUUUUAAAUAGGGAAUUUUUAAGGGGAGGGACGGUUAGAACGGGUGUUGGGGGAAACCCGUCGGGGAGGGUAUGUCCAGUCCCAGCGUGCGCUCACGACAGUAUUUUAGUUGGUCCAAAGACAGGGGGGAGGGGAUUGUGCAGAGCAGAGAAUGUUUUUCCAUCUUUACGGUAAGUGGGAGAGGCAGAUAUGGCGGAGGCAGGGGGCCGUAUCGUUCUUCGGGAGCACGUGUUCGAUGUUUAAAAGCGAUCACGUGCUCCGGCCCCCCAGUCCUUACUCGUUCCCCGGAUGGUCAAGACCCUCAGAGUUUGGGUCUGCGGCUGAUGCUUUGCAAUGCCCGGUCCGUGGUCAAUAAGGCUCCCCUGAUUUGUGACCUUAUUUAUAGGGAGUCCGCGGACUUUAUGGGCAUUACGGAGACCUGGUUGGGCACAGAAGAGGGUGUACCCCUGGUUGAACUGUGCCCUCCGGGUUUCCGGGCAUUCCAUCAGCCGAGGGCCCAAGGUAGGGGUGGGGGGGUGGCGGUUGUGAUAAACGAAAGUUUGGAGCCGAGGGAGUCCACUGUUCCUCAGAUAGCUGGUUGUGAAUCCCUCCUUGUGAAGUGGGGCAACCGGAAUCAGAUGGGGUUGUUGAUCACAUACCUGGCUCCUUGCUGCGUGACUACAGCCCUACCUGAGCUACUAGAGGUGCUUGCUGGCGUGGCAGUUGAGAUUCCCAGACUUCCGGUCUUGGGGGAUUUCAACUUGCCAUCGGCCGGCUUGUCAUCAACGGUGGUUCAGGAGUUCCAGGCCUCCAUGACGGCCUUGGACCUGAUUCAAGUAACUGAUGGCCCUACACAAAUUGGGGGAGGCACGCUAGACCUGAUUUUUAUCUCUGGUCAGUGGGUUAAUGAUCUGGUUUUAGGAGAUAUAGUGAAGGUACCGGUGUCAUGGUCAGAUCAUUUUCUUCUUCGCCUAGACUUUCAGACCGCCGCUCACCACCGCAGGGAGACGGAGCCACUGCGUUGGUUCCGUCCCAGGCACCUGAUGGACCCGGAGAGGUUCCUGACGGAGCUUGGGCCGUUUCCUGAGGAUCUUACCCACGGCACGACUGAAGAACUGGUUGCGGCCUGGGAACGGGCCGUGGCUGGGGCUUUGGACCGUGUCGUGCCUUUGCGGCCUCUGACCCGGCAUAGAUCUCAAUUGGCUCCCUGGUUUUCCGAGGAGCUGAGAGAGAUAAAACGCCGGAGAAGACGCCUAGAGAGUACUUGGAGGUCUAGCCGUUCCGAGGCUGAUCGGACACUAUUGAGGUCUUUUACUAAGACCUACCUAGUGGCAAUGAGGGAGGCGAAACGUACCUACGUUUCCACCCUCAUUGCAUCGGCAGAUAACCGCCCGGCCGCCUUGUUUCGGGUGACCCGUUCCCUUCUUCAUCAAGGGGGACGGGAUGACCCCUUACAGGGAUGAGCUGAGGAGUUUAACGGUUAUCUAUACGAUAAAAUCGUUCAACUUCGGGAUAGUUUGGACCAAGAUUGCGAUGAUCCAACUGAGAUGACAGAGCCGCGUCUUGUUGAGGUUAUUUUGGAUGAGUUUGAUUCUGUGGCUCUCGAGGACGUGGACAGGUUGCUGGGGAGGUUACAUGCAACUACAUGUUUACUGGACCCGUGUCCUUCCUGGUUAGUGCUGGCUGCUCAGGAAGUGACACGAGGCUGGCUCCAGGGGAUUAUAAAUGCUUCUUUGGUGGAAGGGGUUUUCCCCGCCGCCUUGAAAGAGGCGGUGGUGAGACCUCUCCUCAAGAAGCCUUCCCUGGACCCAGCUAUUUUGGGAAAUUAUCGUCCAGUCUCCAACCUUCGCUUUGUGGCGAAGGUUGUAGAGAGUGUGGUUGCAUGGCAGCUCCCCCGGCACCUGGAGGAAGCUGUCUAUCUAGACCCAUUCCAGUCUGGCUUCCAACCCAGUUAUAGCACGGAAACGGCUUUGGUCGCGUUGGUGGAUGACCUCUGGAGGGCCAGGGACAGGGGUUGUUCCUCUGCCUAGGUCCUAUUAGAUCUCUCAGCGGCUUUUGAUACCAUCGACCAUGGUAUCCUGCUGCGCCGGUUGGAGGGAUUAGGAGUGGGGGGCAUCGUUUAUCGGUGGGUUCUCCUCCUAUCUCUCUGACCGGUCGCAGACGGUGUUGACAGGGGGGCAGAGGUCGUCCUCGAGGUGCCUCACUUGUGGGGUGCCUCAGGGGUCGAUUCUCUCGCCUACCCUGUUCAACAUCUAUAUGAAGCCGCUGGGCGAGGUCAUCAGUGGUUUCGGGGUGAGUUAUCAUCUGUACGCUGAUGAUACUCAGCUGUACUUUUCCACCCCGGACCACCCCAACGAAGCGGUCGAAGUGCUGUCCCGGUGCUUGGAAGCUGUAUGGGUCUGGAUGGGGAGAAACAGACUCAAGCUCAAUCCCUCCAAGACGGAGUGGCUGUGGAUGCCGGCACCCCGGUACAGUCAGCUGCACCCGCAGCUGACUGUCGGGGGUGAGUUAGUGGCCCCAAAGAAGGUGGUUCGCAACUUGAGCGUCCUCCUGGAUGGACGGCUGUCCUUUGAUGAACAUCUGGCGGCCGUCUCCAGGAGGGCCUUUUACCAAGUUCGCUUGGUCCGCCAGUUGCGUCCCUUCCUUGACCGGGAUGCCUUAUGCACGGUCACUCACGCUCUGGUUACGUCUAGGUUGGAUUACUGCAAUGCUCUCUACAUGGGGCUGCCCUUGAGGUGCACCCGGAGACUACAGUUAGUCCAGAAUGCGGCUGCGCGAGUAGUAACGGGAGCCGCUCGUGGCUUCCACGUAACAUCACUACUCCGUAGUCUGCACUGGCUUCCUGUGGUUUUUCGGGUGCGCUUCAAGAUUUUGGUUACCACCUUUAAAGCGCUCCAUGGCUUAGGACCUGGGUACUUACGAGACCACCUGCUGUUACCCUUUGCCUCCCACCGACCCGUACGCUCUCACAGAGAGGGUCUCCUCAGGGUGCCGUCCGCCAAACAGUGUCGGCUGGCGGCCCCCAGGAGUAGGGCCUUCUCUGUGGGGGCAGCGACACUCUGGAAUGAACUCCCCCCUGGCCUACGUCAAGUGCCUGAUCUUUGGACCUUCUGUCGUGAGCUCAAAACACACUUAUUUAUUCAAGCGGGACUGGCAUAAUAGUGUUGAAUUUUAAAUUUGGGGUUUUGCUAAUAUUUUAAAAUUUUAAAAUCUAAAUUUUUAAUUAUCAGCCUUUUAUAAUCUGCUAUGUUUUAAAUGUUGUUUUAAUUGUAUAUAUUUUGUGUUUUAUCUUUGGCUGUACACCGCCCUGAGUCCUUCGGGAGAAGGGCGGUAUAAAAAUUUAAUUAAAUAAAUAAAUAAAUAAAUAAAGUUUUUUUUUUGAAGUACUGUGUUUACUGGAUACUGAGAUUAUCCCAAAGAACAAUUCAGACUAAGUAAUACUUUCCUUUUUGA